UAAGCUCGCGAGACCGUGAUGGUUGGAAUGAGGCUACAUCGCUAGGAACAGAUAUAGAUAGGAUUCCAACAGUGAAAAGAAAAGCGAAAACGAGCAAUUGCCAACACGGAUUUCCUGUGGGAUAAACACACAGGCCUGGCUGCUAAAACGAUGCCACACUCAAGACGGUACCCGUCCUCAGAACUGGCCAGCCGGAGCAGCUAUCAAGACCGAGACAGAGGACGCAAGCAGAGGCAACGCAGAUCGCCCUCUUUUUCCUCUAGCAGUGACCGGGAAAGGGACAAAGACCGAAGGGGACGGGGAAACAGACAGGAGGGAAGCUAUGCUCGCUCUAGGAGCUACAAUAAUCGCUCGGCAGACCGCAGGCCGUACGACAGACGCUACUGUGAGGGCUAUCGGCGCCUGGACCAGAGCCGCGAACGAGACAGAGAUCGCGGAAACAGGGAUAGGGAACAUGGAGCAGCAGCCGAUGGUUACUACGCACCUGACUUAUCACCGAGCAUGUGCGACUACCGGCGGGGUCGUGAGAGGGAACGGGAGGAGUCAUACCGAAGGAAGGGCAGCAGGCGUAAGCACAAACGAAGGCGGCGUAGAACCAGGUCCUAUAGCCCAUCCUCGUCGCGGAGCGACAGCCGGACGCGGGCACUGAGUGUGAGGGACGACGAGGAAGGGCACCUGAUCUGUCGGAGUGGGGACGUCCUGCAAGAGAGAUAUGAGAUUGUCAGCACUCUGGGGGAAGGCACCUUUGGGAGGGUGAUGCAAUGUAUUGACCAUCGCCAGGGAGGAGCCACUGUUGCUUUGAAGAUCAUAAAAAAUGUGGAGAAAUACAAGGAAGCAGCUCGUCUGGAGAUCAAUGUGCUGGAGAGAAUCAAUGAGAAAGACCCGGAAAACAAACACCUGUGUGUGCAGAUGUAUGACUGGUUCGACUACCACGGACACAUGUGUAUCUCCUUUGAGUUGCUGGCCCUCAGCACCUUUGACUUCCUCAAGGAGAACAACUACCUGCCUUACUCCAUCGCCCAGGUCCGACACAUGGCCUACCAGCUAUGCCUGUCUGUCAAGUUUCUUCAUGAUACCAAGCUGACACACACAGACAUGAAGCCAGAAAACAUCCUGUUUGUCAAUUCCGACUUCACCAUGACCUAUAACGUAGAGAAGAAGCGCGAAGAGCGGACCGUGAAGAGCACGGAUGUACGGGUGGUGGACUUUGGCAGUGCCACGUUUGACCACGAGCACCACAGCACCAUCGUCUCCACACGGCACUACCGCGCCCCAGAAGUCAUACUAGAGCUGGGCUGGAGCCAGCCUUGUGACGUGUGGAGCAUCGGUUGCAUCCUGUUCGAGUACUAUCUAGGCUUCACCUUGUUCCAGACUCAUGAUAACAGGGAGCAUCUGGCUAUGAUGGAGAGAAUACUGGGGCCAGUGCCCUCCAGGAUGAUACGCAAGACAAGGAAGCAGAAAUAUUUUUACCGCGGCCGUCUGGACUGGGACGAAAGCUCAUCGGCUGGGAGAUACGUGAGGGAGAACUGCAAACCCUUACGGAGAUACCUGUUGUCGGAGGCUGAGGAGCACCAUCAGCUGUUUGACCUGAUUGAGAGCAUGCUGGAGUACGAGCCCACUAAGCGCCUGGUUCUGGCCAACUCCCUCAGACACCCUUUCUUCGAAUCGGGGACAGCAGGCGAUGCGGUGGGGGGGAAGAGCUGGGAGGGCAACCGCGACAUCAGCCGGUGACACAGGGCCUCCAGACUCUUAAGGAUAGAGGGAUUUAAGGUGGAGCAGACAGAUAGGACUGCUUAAGGUGGUGUAUCACAGCAUGAACCUGUUCCCUCCUGCUUACUAAACUGCCCCACCUCCAAAGCCAGGAGAGGGGCUCAUGCUGGCAGCUAGAAGACCAGAAGAACUUCAGAAAAGGACAGUCCUCUAAGUCCUCUCGGCUUCUACUCCCAACAGAAGACAUGAAGAGAUUAGAGUUUUUAGCCCAACCUUAAACUACCCAGCUCCAGUCUUCCGCAUGUAAAGAAAAGGACCGGUCUGGUCUAGGUCCAUUUAAGUGGAACACUAGUGAGAGCAAGAGGGAUCCUCGCUACGAAAUCAAAUGUUGUGACCCUUUCGUUUGAUGUCAGACAAUUGGCGAAAAGGGGAAUUGUAACGUGGUUAGUUCUUCCAUUUAAAGAGCACUAUUUAUUUGGGAACCAUCGAUCUGGACUAAUAUUAGCCAAUUGGAUGACAUGUUUUGUCAAUGAGUGAUUGACACAUCACAUUGUUUAUACAGGCCUCUCCUAUUGCUAUAUUUAUUUCUGUUACGUAAUGCUUUCGAGGAGAGGGAUUAUGCUGCCAUAUUGAUGUAAUAAUAGUACUCACGCCUAGACGUGUUUUCUCAGCUGGUCAUCUUGUCUGGGGAACUGACCCACACACACACACAACGCAAACUGCCUUUUAUACUUUGUGAUAGGAUCAGGCUUGUGGUCUAUGAGAGUGCACGUACCCACAGGGUCAUAGUAGUCAUGUGUGGCAUCCCAAUGCCACAUGCACACAGCAGCACAGUUUACAGUAUUUAUUAUGAGACGCUACUGCUGGUCCUCUCCCUGUACAGUACUUUUUGUAUAAGAUUUAAAAGUAUAAAACUGUAUAUAUGUAUGAUUGUUUAGAAUUAAAGUGAAGUCCUCCUUUGCCAGGGCUUAUAGUGCUGUUAAUGUCAGCUUUGGCCUCUGGCACAGUUAUGCGAAGGCUUUUUGUCUUAGAUGCUUGACUGUGUCUUCUGAAUCCCUGAUUUACCUUGUGACUGUAGCCCUUAGGAGGAUUUCUCUGUGUCUGGCAACUAGUGUUGGCAUAAGAUAUAGCUGGCUGACAGGAAACCCCUUAAUGACCCUGGCCUAUUGGCUCUUUCAUAGUAUUUUACCACCAACUAUGCUACUACUAACCAAAUAGUCUGUAGCGCUACACUCUUCAUAUUUCCUUCAUUCUGAUCUUCUCCCCACCUCAACCCUAUUAGAGGAGGUCCAAGGUCCCUCCCCUCAGAUGUUCUACGCCAAUGUGUUUUGAGAAGGAAUAGGUAGAAUGCAAGGGAAGCUUGAGAUUCACCCAUGGAAACUCCUCUGAAGUCUGCCUUCCAGAUCUGACAUAGCAGGCUCACCCACGGGAAGGGCCAAGGACAAGAGGAUCUGCUGUGGCAGCCGCCUGGCAGGUGUACUUAACGUCAUGGGUACUCCUUCAUCUGUCACUAACUCGUCAUCUCUCUACUACCUUAGUCUCUGCCUCACUGUCCCUGGCCUGCUUAUCCUCGCUCCGUCUGUUUCUCCCAUCUGCUUCUCCCAUCUGCUACCAUAAAAGUUAGAGCAAAGUUUAGCAAAGCAAGAAUCUGUAGAUAUAUGCUGGUAAACUAAGGCAGACAAAGUUUAUUCAGACCCCUUGACCUUUUUACAUUACAGCCUUAUUCUAAAAUGUAAUCCCCACCCUCAUCAAUCUACACACAAUACCCCAUAAUGACAAAGCAAGACAUUUUGCAUAUGUAUAAAAAAAAAAAUUAAGCCUGAUUUGGUGGAUUGCUGCAGAGAUGGGAGAACCUUCCAGGAGGACAACCAUCUCCACAGAGGAACUCUGUCAGAGUGACCAUUGGGUUCUUGGUCACCUCCCUGACCAAGGCCCUUCUCCCCUGAUUGCUCAGUUUGGCUGGGCAGCCAGCUGAGUUCUAGGAAGAGUCUUGGUGGUUCCAAACCUCUUCCAUUUAAGAAUGUUGGAGGCCUCUGUGUUCUUGGGAACCUUCAAUUCUGCAGAAAUGUGUUAAUACCCUUCCCCAGAUCUGUGCCUCGACACAAUGCUGUCUCGGAGCUCUACGGACAAUUCCUUCAACCUCAUGGCUUGGUUUUUGCUUUGACAUUCACUGUCAACUGUGGGACCUUUUCUAUAGACAGGUGUGUGCCUUUCCAAAUCAUGUCCAAUCAAUUGAAUUUACCACAGGUGGACUCCCAAGUUAUAGAAACAGCUCAAGGAUGAUCAAUGGAAACAGGAGGCACCUGAGUCUCAUACAAUGGGUCUGAGUACUUAUUUACAUAAGGCAUUUGUUUAAAAAAAUAUAUAUUUAUCUUUGCUAAAAAUUCUAAACUUUUUUUCGCUUGGUCAUUAUUGGGAAUUGUGUGUAGAUUGAGGGGGAAAAUGUAAUCAAUUUUAGAAUAAGUCUAAUGUAACAAAAUGUGGAGAAGGGGUCUGAAUACUUUCCAAAUGCACUGUAUAUGUAGCAACAAAGGCAGACAUUAGGUUGAGAGUUAAGUUCACUGGAUGAACAAAACUAUUAACCUUUAAACGUCUAGCUAUAGAAAUAAAAAAAUAACCCAAGUAACCAAG